AUGGCUGCUUUUUCUGAGGACUUCCUGGCCUUGAGAGUCUUUGUUUCAUGUUUAGGACUUGUGGGUAACGUAUUUCUCAUCAUUUCCAUCCUUCGCAUCAAGUUAUCCAGAGUUAAAUCGUUUGAGUUGUUUCUUCUGGGACUGGCUUCAGCUAACUUGGAGGAAAUUAUCAUUAUAAACAUUUAUGAAACUAUCAUCCUUCAGACUUCCUCCGUUCCUAUCGGCACAUGGUCCUGUCGUGUACUGAAGUUCUUGACUGUGUUUGGGGAAAUUACCAGCAUCCUCUUCACUGUCCUCAUCAGCAUCUUCCGCUACCAGAAGUUGAGCGAUGUCAGCAAAAGGGCUAACCUCCCAAUUUACCUGGACAACCUCGGAUCAGCCUGCAUGAUGAGUGGGGUUUGUGUGGCGCUCUCCAGUCUAUUCAGUCUCCCCAUUUUUGUCAUGAACCUUCAAGGCUCUGCGGGAAACGUCACAAGAAUCAGUAGCGGCUGCCCUCCAGACUUCUUUCAGUGUAAUAAAAAUAAUUGUCCAAUACUCAACCGCUUAUAUAAAUACGUGUUCAUGCUGGUGUGCCACCUGGUGCCCUUGAUCAUUGUCACAGUCACCGGCUGCCUCAUCCUCACGGUGCUGCUGAGCCAGAGGAAGAAGGUGAUACCAAUAGAUAGUGUGAGCGGCUCGAGGCAGAUCGGCAAGACAAGUAAGGACACAAGGUUCCAGCGAAGCACAGUAGCUGUACUGGCAGCCAUGGGGCUGUUCCAGGUGGACUGGACUUUCUACCUGAUCCUCCAACUGACUUUAAGCCAAACUGACGUUCCUUUUUGGGCUGAAAUUGAGUUCUUCAUCUCAACUUCCUACACAUCCAUCAGUCCAUACGUGUACGGGGUAGGAAAUAACCUGUUCUCUCUCAAGAACUUUCUGAAGAAGUGA